AUGAGUGGAAUACCACAAGUAGGGAAACCUACGCUUAAGAUUAUAUUAGUUGGUGAUAGCGGUGUCGGCAAAACAUGCCUACUAUCUGCAUAUUUCAAACAGAAGUUCGAAUAUCAAACAAAUCCAACCGUCGCACCAAGUUAUAGCUGCAUUGACAUUAAACUAGAAAAUGGAUAUACAUUAUGCCUUCAGAUAUGGGAUACUGCAGGCCAAGAACGUUACCAUUCGAUUAGUAAGCUUUUCUUCAGAGAUUCAGAUGUAGCAUUUAUUUGUUUCCAAGCAGGCGAUGAACAGUCAACAAAAGAAAUCGUUAAUUGGGUUACUAGAGUUCGGGAAGAAGUUCCAACCUGUACUCUAUUCUUUGUAAUGACAAAAGCAGAUCUUCACACACCAGAACAAAAUCAACAAUUUAAACAAGAGGUGAUUCCUCAAAUACAGGGUUAUGAUUGCCAAGGACCGUUUUUAACGUCUUCAUUAACAAAAGAAGGCGUUAACGAAUUAUUCCAAGCAGCAGCCAAAGUAUAUAAGGGUCCAAAUAAAUCGCCAAGUCAAGUAACUAAUAGAUCAUUAGAAGAUAAGAAUAAUAAACCUUGUUGUUAA